AUGGCGGUCCUGCUGUCCCUCAUGCGCACUGCGGGCACGCUCGGCGACCGUCCGCUGCGGCGCAUGGCGCUCCUCGCGCACUUCGUCCCCUCCUUCAUCCCCGAGCCGGCCCUGGUCGACCAGUCCACCAUCGGGACGCUCGCGGGGCCCGGCAGCUGGCUGCGGCCCGCCGUCGCCCUCCCACGCACCGUCCCCCUCACCGCCGCCAACCUCGUCACCGUCAACGCCGCCCCGCUGACCCACGCGGCCCAGCGGGCCUCCGACGGCGUCGUCUACGUGAUCGACGAGCCCGUCCUGACUCCAGGGAGGGGACUCCCCACCUCCGAGUCCGCCACUCGCGGGCCGCUCACCGGCCCCUGCAGGGACCUUCUCGCCGCCGUGAAGUCGCAGUGCGAGAGCCAGAAGUGCGGGUCGUGCCACCCGGCGAUGUGCGCGGCCGGCGGCGCGAUCGCGUGCCACUUUCGCCGCGUGCGCACGGCCGGCGCUGAUCGCCGCGGGCGUACGUUCCGCGAGCUGACGUCGGGGUACGGGGUGUGCCGGAAGCCGUGCCCGACGAUGCGCGAGAGCCUGGCGAUCCUGCGUCGGAGAGACUUGAUCGAGGAGUCCACGACGUUCGAGGCUCUCAGGUUCUACCGCAACGCAAGCGAGGGCGCGCGGAGCGAAGGUGCGCCCCGCACGCAGCGCGCGCUCGCAGCACCGCGCGGCCUCGCGCACGCGGUGUGCGGGCAGGCCGGGGACUCGCAUGAGAAGCGCGAGACAGUGCGAGACGCCGCGCGCAUCGCAUCGCGCGACGGUAUUCAAAGGAGGUAUUUGUUUGCAUUCGUAUUUCGAUAA